GCCGAACCGGCCGAGCUCAUCCGGCGCGCGCACGAGUUCAAAAGCCAAGGGGCGCAGUGCUACAAAGACAAAAAAUUCCGCGAAGCCAUCGGCAAAUACCACCGGGCGUUGCUGGAGCUGAAGGGGCUGCUGCCGAACCCCGGGGAGAGGGAGCGGGACUCGCGCGCGGCCUCCCCGGCCGGGGCCACCAAACCCGGCCGCCUCUCGGAGGAGCAGAGCAAGACGGUGGAAGCCAUCGAGAUCGACUGCUACAACAGCCUGGCAGCCUGCCUGCUCCAGGCUGAGCUUGUAAAUUAUGAACGAGUCAAAGAAUAUUGCCUCAAAGUACUGAAGAAGGAAGGAGAAAAUUUCAAGGCCCUUUACCGGUCUGGUGUGGCCUUCUAUCACCUUGGGGACUAUGACAAAGCACUCUACUACCUGAAAGAAGCAAGGACCCGACAACCCACAGACACCAACGUGGUUCGGUAUAUCCAGCUGACGGAGAUGAAGCUCAGCCGAUGCUCCCAGAGAGAGAAAGAAGCUGUGUAA